AUGGAUUUCACCAAUUUUGACACUGUAAAAGCAGAGAAAGCUAAUGCAAUACUAAAGUACAACCGCUUACAAACCUUAAAAAAACUGUUUCGUUUACUGGAAUUCUGUCUUGCUCUAAUCCUCCUCUUAUGGAUCUUUAACAAGCUUCCAUUUGCUGUCAAGAUUUCCUGGGAGUUUUUCCGGCGACUAGCCAGCAUAAUAGCCAGCCCCCUCUUUGUUUUCUUACUUUCUAACGGGAUAAUCGCUACUUUGAUAGCAAAAUCUGGCAGAUUCUCCGGCGAGAAUCACGGCACGGACAAUGCUGAUACUCAACUGUACGAGUUAAUAAAAAACACUGAGAACAAUCGCAACUGGCCAAAGCCAUUUCUCUCAGAUAAUCCUAAUUUAUUGUCGUCUCAAGCCGCGACAGCGACAGAGACAGAGACAACAACAAAAGAGGAGGAAGUAGUGUUCCAAGAAAAACAUAUCAUCAUCUCCGAAGAGAACACUAUCACACAAACGCGUGAAAAUGGGGAUGAAGAUCACGAUCCUGACGCGGACAUAUACUCAGAUUCGGAUUCUGACUCUGAAAUUCUGAAAAUUCGGAGGACGAAGUCGGUGAAGAUGGAGAGGAAGAAUUACGUGAAGGAGAAGAAGCAGCUGCGGAGAUCGGAGACAGAGAGGUUGGGUUCAAGAGAGGAGAAUUUCCUGUGCGGAGAGGAAGACUUGAGUGAUGAGGAAUUUCAGCGUGCCAUUGAUGAGUUCAUUGCCAGACAUUUGAUGCUCCGUCGCCAAGAGUCCAUGUCUGUUUUUGUUCAAAAUAAUUUCUCAAAUAUUGCAGAAAUUGAGAAACAAUUUUAG